AUGGGCUGCUCACCGUCUAAACCCGCACCCACACCUCCCCCCCUAAAACGCACAAACUCCGCCUGGCUCGACUCCCUCGUACCCUCGCGCGCCCGCAAAACCCUCUUCCACCCCUUCGGAACGCCCUCUUCCUCCUCCAGUGCUGUUGUCGAAAUUCCCCCGGAUAACAUUUUCAUCCGCAUUCAGGAAGACAAUAUCCUGCCCCAGAUACCGAUUGGGCGCCAUCAUCCCGUGCCGAGGACGGGUGUCGAAGAUGACGACAAGAGAACGAUGAAUACGAAUAAAUUCUACGCCAAUGUGUUCUUGGGAAAGCAGAAUAGGCCGGUUUGGACGCAGCCCUAUGCAGUGUGGUGGGGAAAGGGGCGCGAUGAGCCUGGGAUGAUGAAGAGCUUCGGGAUGUGUGUUAGCCACGUCGAAGAGAGCGAUUUGAUAUAUGGGGAAGGAGAUCCCGCAAAGUCCCUCAUCCUCUCCGCAAAAGAACUCGACGCCCAAACGACACUUACCUCAGACACCCACACCCCCUUCUCCGUCAAUAUCAACCUGCGCAUCCCAUCCUCCCCGGAGCCCAAAAUCACCUUCCCACUGGUCCAGGGCAUGGCGUUCGUCACCGCAGGCUACCGCACCGCCACACCCAUCAUCCAGACCUCUAGCAAAGGUUUCGUCGAUUUCAGCAACCCUAUUACCCUUGGAAAGAGCUUCAAGUACCGCGUGCAAGACUGCGCUGGCCGGAAUUGGCUGGUGUAUGUCAAUCCUGUGCCGGAUGUGAAUUACGACGCGGGCAAGUUCUUCCAACUCGAUCCCAACACCAUCAUCGGACCGCCGGGCUUCAAAGGCACCAUUCAAGUCGCCAAGAACCCCUUGGGCGCAGAGGGAGAGGCGCUAUACGACCGCGCGUGCGGCAGCUUCGUGACGUCCGCGAAACUCACUGCCGUCGUGAACGACACCAAAGGCAGUUAUUCAUUCCAGUACAGCAAGAUCGGGGCCGCGCCGCUAUUGAUAUUCGCUUUGCCGCACCAUAUACAGUCUCUAGAUCCAGAACUAAAAGCGCAAGUGAGCAAGCUGCAAUUGCGCACCACGACCAAAGGCCUCGCGACGGCGAUUUGGGCGGAGAAAGUAACCUGCGUGGAACCAAACUUACCCGUGACCAUGGGCUUUGCGCCCUGGACGCCCGGCAUGACGACCAAACCACGCUACACACCCGAAGUCCUCGCGCUCAUCGCCGCCGUCGCAGAGCGCGAUUUGCGGCGCGCAAUGACCGAGCCCAUCCCCCAGGAUUCAAUGUACUACGCGGGCAAAUCGCUAGCGAAGUUCGCAACCAUCGUGUGGGUGUGUCGGGACAUACUCUCCAACGAACCGCUCACGUCGUUAGGCCUGGAGAAAUUGAAACUUGAGAUGAGCAGGUGGGUGGCGAAUCAACAACUGCACCCGCUGUAUUACGACGAUACGUGGAAAGGGGUGGUGAGUAACGCGGGCUUCACAGACGCCAAUGCAGAUUUUGGGAACACGUAUUACAACGACCAUCACUUCCACUUUGCGUAUUUCGUGUACACGGCGGCUGUCAUCGGAUAUCUCGACCCGGGCUGGCUGACCCAGGGAGACAACAAAGCGUGGAACGAACAUGCUGGUGAAGGACUUCUCCGAGGCGGAGUAUGA